AACACGAGCUGACGAGAGUGGAGCGUCACUUGUACCAAACUGAAAGUGAUUUCUGUCCUGCACACUGAACGCCACAAGAAGGAGACGCUUAAAUGUAAUUUGUAAUGUACUAUAGGACGCGAGUCUAAAAUAGUAUAAUGGUUCACACGUCUAAAAACAUUUUCUUUAUAGAGCUAGUUUGGCUUAUUUUUCACCCUUUUCUAAGCGAUGAGCAUCAAGAUGAACACAAAGAGAAACACUUCCUCCACUACAAGUUCACAGCCCUGACCAAAGCAGACACAUUCCCAGAGUUCAGUGCUGUGGUUGUUGCUGAUGACAGACGGAUCAAACACUUCAGUAAUGAAGAAAGAGUCUGGAUUCUGACUGAAGAUGACUGGACUGAACCUCCAGAACCACCUGAUUCUAGAGACUGGUUCAUUCAUCAGAUCAGGACUCUGACAAACUGUGAAAACUCACAGUGUUCUGAGCUUCAUGUUCUUCAGAGAAUAAUUGGCUGUGAACUGGAGAAACUUCCUGAUGGAACAGUGAAUCUGACUGUCUUUGAUGAAUAUGGAUUUGAUGGAGAGGAUUUUAUAUCCUUUAAUUCUGACACUGUGCAGUGGAUUGAUAAAAACCCCAAAGCCAAAGAAACUAAAAUGAAAUGGGAUCGUCACACAGAACGCAACAAAUUCCUGAAGUAUUUCCUCAAGAACUGCAUGAACUGGAUCUCAACAUUUAACAACACAAAACAGAGUUCUCCAGAUGUUCGUGUCUCUGUGAGGAAAGCUCCUGAUGACAGUAAUCUGGUUCUGACGUGUCUGGCCACUGGUUUUUACCCCAGAGAUGUUCAGAUGAACAUUAGAUUGAACAGAAACAUUCUUGAGGAUCAAACAUCUGGAAUCAGACCAAAUGAUGAUGAAACCUUUCAGAUGAGAAUCAGUGUGAAGAUCAACAGAAACCAUGAAGGAUCUUAUGACUGUCUGGUCAAUCACCGCAGUCUGACUGAACCAGUUUUAACAGGAUGGGCUGCAAAUUGUGCUGACUGUGAAACAAACAGGCCUCCAAUUCUUGUUAUAACAAUAAUAUUAUUAGUAGUAGCAGGAUCCAUUAUAAUUCCAGGUCUGAUGACUGGUUACAUCAAAUACAAAAGGAGAAGGUUAAUGGAUGAGAACAGGAGAUAUGGUGAAAGUGAAGAAAAUGUGUCCAGUUAUGACUGUAAUAGAGAAAUGAUGAAGAGAUCUGAGCCUCAUCCUCCACACACAGAUCAACUGAGCAGCUUUGAUGAUAAAAAUGAACUGGAGAUAUUGAAUGGUGAUAGAGGAGAGAUGUGCAGUAAUGACUGUAAAGGAAGAAACACACACAGAAAAUUACGUUCCACAUCCUUAUGAUCCAGACCUCGAGUCCAGUGUUUUCAUUUAGAGCUCAGUGCUGAUGGAUUUACACACUGGACUGAGAUAGGAACAGUUUGUGGUUAGAAAUGCAGUUUAAUCCUUCAACCAUCACUGAUUGUGUGUCACCUCUACUUGAAGCAUAAUACUUAUGAAAUAUGUUUAUGGAUAACAUAGAAAUGAAUGAGUACAACCUGUCAUAAAAUUAUAUGUGACUUCUCCUAUAUAACUGCCAUUUUUCCAUAGUAAACCUCAAAUACAACUCCCUACAACUCACUAAAAUAAAUAACCAAAAUGACAAACACGUUUAAGAUUAUUGGACAGGUCAAUCAUUGUCUUACACUGGAUUGUGUAUUAGCCUAUUCACACUCAUGGACUGGUUUUAACAGCCCAAGUUAAACUUGUAUAUAUUGUGUUGUAUUAAGUUCUGUGUGAAUUUUGUACAGUUUAUACUGUUUGGUUCUGUCGUCUUCUUUUUAACACACACACGUACAAUAGAUGCUGUAUUUGUGCCUGUAAAAAUAUGAACAAAAUGAAACUGUAUAUCUGGUAUAUACCACAGACUGUCUGUGUAACUUUACUGUAUCUUAUUUGGUCUGAGCUUUCUUGUUUUAAAGAACUGCUUAAAAAAUCUGUUAAUAUCCUUUAUCCAUCUAUCAGAAAUACUGGAUAGGUCAGCCUAACAAGUGUUUCUGUUUUCUAUAUGAGAGUUCUGUCAAAAAUAGAGACAUAUCUUUGUAGUCACAUAUUUGAUAUAUUUUGACUUUUUUAAAGUGCAACCCAGAUUCUUUUUUUCUUAUGUUUUUUAAUUAAAAUUCUUAUACAAA